CUCUGGUCUGGUCUUUAAUCAGCUCGUUGUGCAGCAAGCAUGAAGAUCUCCUGCUUUCUGCUGCUGGUCCUCUCUCUCUACCUCUUCCAGGUCAACCAAGCUACUGAUCAGGACACAGCAAAAUGUGUCCAAAAGAAAAACGUCUGUUACUACUUUGAAUGCCCAUGGUUGUCUAUUUCUGUUAGCACCUGUUAUAAAGGAAAAGCCAAGUGUUGCCAAAAGCGAUAUUAGUAUUCCAGAAGUCACAUGAAUAAUGUGUAAUCAUUGCUUUAAUAAAGAAAAACACACGAA